CCAUUUCCAAACCUUCCAACACAUCAAGAAAAUAAUUCAAUCCAACCAUGGCUCUUAAAUCCCAAUUCACCCUCCUCAUGUUCUCCACCCUCUUAGUUGUUGUUACAUUUGUCCUGACUACCGAUGUCUAUGCCAUGUAUGACGGUGGGAAAUCAGUGUUGGUUGGAAUUUGGGCCCCGAUCUUGGACCCGAAUGGCCCGAAUGUGUUACCGGUAGCACAAUUUGCGAUCAAUGAGCACAACAAGGAGGCCAAGGUCAACUUGAAAUUCAUAAAGGUGAUUUCGGGCCAGACCAUGGACGUUGCGGGCUUUAUUUUCGAUCUAGUCAUCGCGGCAAUAGAUGGCGCCGUUAUAGGGCAUUAUGAGGCAACUGUUUGGACUAAGCCUUGGAAGGAUUAUAUGAAUCUCACCUCCUUUAGAAAGUUGUGAGGGUCUUGUUGGGUAGAUAGAUA